AUGCAAAGUUCACAUAUUAGAAAUAAGCCUCAUGAAAUAUCUGGAAAAUUGACUGCAGAUUCUUCAAAUAUUAAAAUUGAAUCGUUUGCUUGCUCUUGUGCUGCUGGUGCUUCAGAAAGUUGUAAACAUGUUGUUGCUGUGCUGCUAUUCUUAAAUAAAAACAAUUUAAAUGAGAUUGAUACUCUGUCAUCUACUGAUGUGCAAUGCCAGUGGUCAAAAUUAAAAGAGCCAUCUCUAGAGCAGUUUAAACCGGUCUCUAUUGAACAUUUUUGCUGUGUGAGGUCUACUGAAAAAGUUCCAUUAACUACAUCUCCGUCCGAAUUAAGAUCAGCUCUUAUAUCUGCAGCACCAAAUUCUGCAAUUGCUCUACACUGUGUUGGACGAAAUCCUAGAGAAAUAUCUUUAAAUAAAAAUGAUGUGGUUUUAGAAGAACCAUUUAUUUUCACUACUCAUCCACAUUUAUUAUCACUUGAUCUGUACAGUGUUUUAAAUCUAGGUGACUGUUGUCAAACAGUUUACGAAAGUGAUAUUAAACUAAAUGAUAGCCCUAUUAAUAUUAGAACAAAAUCUUUAGUUGACAAAUCUUAUUGGCACAAAAUACGACAAUAUAGAAUCACCGGUAGUCGGUGUUAUUCUUUAAGUGGUUUUGUCACUUCUUACAACUAUCCAUGGUUAGGUUAUUCACCUGAUGGUAUAAUUGUGAACAAGGUAAAUGAACCAAUUAAAUUAGUUGAAGUAAAAUGUCCAUAUCCUAGUUGUACAGAUGACUCCCAAAAUAUUUUUGAGAAAAUCAUCUAUAUUUCUAAAAAUGCUGAUGAGUCAUUUACAUUACUUAAAAAACAUGCAUAUUAUGCACAAGUCCAACUAGGUUUAGUUCUAUUAAAUUUAAAUAGUUGUGACUUCAUAAUUUAUAACAGUAUAGAACAUAAUUAUGUAGUUAUAAAUGUUAAAUUUGAUGAUCAAUAUUGUAAAACAUUACUACAAGUGUUAAAAAUUGUAUAUUUUGAAAAAUUAUUACAUACAAUUUGUGAAUUAAAAAUGUAA